AUGGAAGGCUUCAUGGCACCACUGAACACCAUCAAUGAGCUUGGGCUUCAGCACAGCAAGGUGAAGUUCCUCCACAGCAAGCUGAGUGGGCCCUCCCGGCGCAAGCGGGAGUUCAUGCCGGACGAGAAGAAGGACAACAUGUACUGGGAGAAGAGGCGCAAGAACAACGAGGCAGCCAAGCGCUCGCGGGAGAAGAGGCGUCUCAAUGACUUUGCCAUGGAGAGCCAGCUGGCUGCUCUCAGCGAGGAGAAUGCCGUCCUCAGGACAGAGUUGCUGUCCCUGAAGUUGCGUUUUGGGCUCAUCAGCACAGACACUAGCACCCAUCAGGGCUGCUCUGUCCAGGACUUGCUGGGAAUUUAUUUCAGGGGACAUAAACCUGUCCCCCCAUUUCCCGAGGCAGAGUCAUUUCCUAGGGAUUCCUGCUUCUUCAGGGCAAACAGCUUGGUGCCAAAGGUGCUAGAGCCAGCUCACUUUUCAUGCAAAAGCUUUGAUCAAUCCAGAAAUAUCCUAAGCUGUGACUCACAGCAGGCCGUCAUGGGUACCCAGUGUGACCUUAGCUUUCACCAGUCAAAGAGGUUUGAUUCAGCCUUCAGAUCCACAGUCUGCUCUCCUUUCCUCGGUUACCACUGCCCAGAGAAAUAUGCCCACCACCUCCCCCUGUCAGACAGCACCUGCUUCUUGUCCCCUUCCUCCAGCCUAACUGAGGUGAACAAAGGAAGUACCAGAACGGUUUCAGAUGAAGACGAUGAGCAACAGGUGCCCAAAAUUUCUCCCCUAUCCCUGUACAGCUUGCCCUGUCCUUCAGAGGAUUGCCCGAAGGGCCGAAGCUAUUCUGCUCUGCCUCACAAACUCCGGAUUAAGACCAAAGCCCUCAUCGGCUGGGAGGAGGGCAGCUUGGACUCCCACUGA